CUGUUACGAUAUGUAAUCGUAAACUUUUUUUAAUUUAUUGUGAAACUGUUGAACAUGAUUAUUACUUGAAAGGUUUACGACAAGCUGGUUUUGUUUUAUAUAUGUUAAUAGUUUAUUUUUGAAAAUUUUUGCUCUGCCGAAAACUUUUUUUUGUAUGGAAAUAGAUUCUCUAUUUUCAGUUGUCAAAAAACAGGUUUUUGAAAGCUAUUUUUAAAGAAAAAUAUUUUUUCUAAUUCUUUCAGAAUGGAUCCAUUGGGUGUAGCCUCAGAAAUUGUUGAUGCUUCUUCUAUAAAAAGAUGGAGUGAAAUAAAUCCAAGAGAUUUACCAGAUGCUAGUAAUUUUGGAAAUCAAGAAAAAGUUCAUGAAACAAGUCCUUUUCCUUUUGAUCAGACUAUUAACAGCAAAAUAGCUUUAUGGGCUGGAGAUAUCUGCUCAUUACGAAUUCAGGUAAUUGUCCACUCUACAAAUGAAGCUUUAACUGACAGAAGUCCUUUAAAUGAUCGGUUAUUGAAUAGAGCUGGUCCAUUGCUUAAAGAAGAUUUAGUGUUAAAUGUGAAAGCAUGUCGAACAGGAGAAGCAAAGAUGACUAAAGGUUACAAUUUACCAGCUCGUUAUGUAAUACACACUGUUGGCCCAAAAUUCAAUAUAAAAUAUCAGACUGCUGCUGAAAGUGCCCUCUUUUCCUGUUAUUUUAAAGUUUUGCAGCUUGUGAAGGAACAUAAUCUGGGAGAAGUUGGGUUGUGUGUUAUCAAUUCCUUAAGAAGAAACUAUCCACCUCAUGAUGGAGCACAUAUUGCACUUCGUACUGUGAGAAGAUUUUUAGAAAAAUAUGGAGCAGCAUUUGACUUGAUUGUCUUUGCUGUUGAAGAUGUUGAUAUUGGUAUUUAUGAACUUUUGAUGCCAUUAUAUUAUCCACGUUCUAAAGAAGAAGAAGAAUAUGCCUUAUAUUAUCUCCCUAAAGAUAUUGGUGGUGAAAAUGGAGAAGCAUACAUUCCCGAGCGUCAGAUGAGAAUAGUUGAAAGACCUUUUCAAGCUGUAGAAGAAGUAGAAGAGAGUGUUGAUCUGGCUGCUCAGCUGCAAUCAUCAAUUGCCAUAGGUAAAACACCUUUUGCCAAAAUGCAUGGGGAUUUGGACAGGCACCGUAGUAUUUCAAAUAAGCACAGUUAUUCAACUGAUGUUUUGUCUUCAGAAGUACAACGAAAAACAAAGUACGAGAGAUUGCUUCGUAAAGCAAGAAAUGAAGACUUGCGCUCUAUUGCCAAUUUAGGGUGUUUGUAUCGCAGUGGUGAAGAUCGAUAUGGAAGACCUGUAAUUGUAUUUAUUGGGCAACGAUUCAAAGUAAAUCAAAUUGACUUAAACAAGGCUGUGAUGUAUAUGAUUCUUACUCUAGAUUCUAUUGUUCAAAAGGAUUACAUUAUUGUUUAUUUUCAUACACUUACCACCAAUGAAAAUAUUCCAUCACUACAAUUUUUAAAAGAUGUUUAUAGUAUCCUGGAAUAUAAAUAUAAGAAAAAUUUGAGAACGUUUUAUAUUGUUCAUCCAACAUUUUGGAGUCGAUUGGUGUGCUGGUGGUUUACUACUUUCACUGCCUCUUCAAUCAAAAAUAAAGUUCAACUUCUUGGAGGGAUAGAAUAUCUGUACUAUCUUAUUCCACCUGAUCAGCUUGAAAUACCUUCUUUCAUCCUUGAUUAUGAUUACAAGGUUAAUGGUGUUAGAUAUUGCCAAACUCAACAGUAAUCCAUGAACUGCUAAAAAUUCUGAUGAAUGUGAUAAUAUUUUUAAGUGGCUUCUAAUGUAAAACUAUAUUUCAAUGCUGAGAUCUAAGCUAGCUGAUGAUUAUAAAUCAAAAUGUAUUAAAUAUUUUUGUACUUUAAAACUUGUAAAUAAAUGUUUUCUAGUUAAAUUAUU